AUGGGAAUAUCAUUAUAUUUAAUGGUGAUUCUAAAAAUCGCAUCUGCCUAUAUUUACGCUGAUACUGGAAUUUUUAAUGGCUUUGCAACUGCUACAGAUUCAACCUUCAUUUGCAAUUUUGGAUUUUCUAGAACAGCCACUAUAUCAUACUCAGAUUAAUUUGAGAAAAUACCCUAAGUGUUUUUUGUACACGAAUAUUUAGAAUCAGAGAUGGCUGACAUGGGGUUUAGGUUAUCGAUUACAUCAAUAACUCAAACAUGUACUUAAAAAAUAUUAUAUAUAUAGAAUUUACUUUAGAGAUUAGUUGUAAUAAAUAGAGAUAAUACACACUUAGGAUAAGAUGGUUUGCUUUUGAUGAUUAACGUAUUGAAGUUAUCAGUAACUUCAAUAUGGAUGUUCCAGAUGACAAGACAUUUUCAAUUAAAAAUCCAAACGCCUAAACUGGCUUUGUGGCAGUCACAAGUAUGCGUUAUUUAGGAUCUAUUGAUUUCCUAUUAUCAGUAAUUAAUGAUCAUUAUUCUUAGAUAAGCCAAAUAAAAACUAAUUCUGUGACGGUUAGUAUAACUAAAACUGCAGGAAAGUUUGCCAAUCUGAAAUAAAUUGGUUACUUUGUAGUUGUCGGAGUAGAGGAAGCAUUUAUAAAUCUAGGAUUAAAGACAGCAACAGGAGCAUUUAGCAGUGGAACUAUUCCGAUAUAAUCAAAUCGAUGGUUUGCUAUAGCUUUAUAAGGUCUGGCUUUUGCGAAUACUAAAAAUCUAAGAAUAAGAGCAACAUAUAGUAACACAGCAACAACAAUAUCAUAUACUUGGGGGACAUGUAAUUAUUUAUAAGAAAUAACUUAUAAUAGGGGUAGAAAUUGAAACUCCGAAUAGUCAUUCUUAGAUUUGGAUCGCAAAUUAAUUUACAACCGUAUUCAAACCAUUAGAAUGCUUUAGCAUAAGAAUAAGCAGAAAAUAGGUUUUGGACUUACUAACAUUGCCUACCUUUUAUUUAGAAUUAGUUUAAACUAAUUAAAUUUACACUACAUAUGGAAACUAUGAACUUUUAGUUGAUAAAACGAUCACCCCACUUAAAAUGAAUCUCUAAAUUAAAUGCGAAAAUGGAAUGAAGGUUUAAGCAGAUUUUAAUAAAUGCAAUGCUUGUAAUACAAAAAAGACUCACUCUUUUACAUAUAAUUGUUUCAAUUAAAUGAAUUAUAUUGGUUUCUUUCCUCUUUUUUCAUAAGCAUUUCCACAAUAUAAUUCCUUAAAAAUAAAGUUGCAAUCAUCAUUGCUUGAAAUUAGUCAAGUUAUUUACGAUCAAAGCCUUACAGAAACUACGAUAGUAAAAAUUUAAAUCUUAAAUUAAUGA